UCAGCUGUUGUGGAAAAACCUCAGUUGAGGCGGGAAGAUCCAAGAAAGUGUACACACUACCGCAAUAUGAUUACCUACAAUCUGAUGUGUUGGGGUUUAUUCUUCUACAUUCUGUUGAAUGCGGUCCGGGGAAUUUUGACGGCCACCCAAACCUUGGGAGAUCAAAAUCGCCUGAACAAGGGCCUGGAAAUCUAUCGCUAUAUGAAUCAGCAAGUUAAUCCCUGUGAUGAUUUUUAUGAAUUUGCUUGUGGCAACUGGAAUACCUAUAACUCAGCGGCGGCCAAGAGGAAAUCGGCUACGGGGCUAUUUCAUAGUCUCCGUGAGGAAAGGGAUCAAAAAAUUCUGCUUCUGAUGAACACCAAUGAUCCACACGACACCAACGUCGAUAAAAAGGUGAAAAAUUUCUACAAAUCAUGCAUGAAUCUGCCGAAUUUCAAGAGUUCCUAUACGGCAAGAUUGGUGGAAAUUAUGUCUGAAUUUGGUCAAAUGCCAGCCAUGGCGGGAGACUAUUGGCAGGAGCAGACCUUCGAUUGGCAGGCGACUAUUGCAGCCAUUGCCCAUAAGUAUGGUAUCAUUACCAUUACGGGGGCCGAGAUCAGUGUAGACUUUGCCGAUAAUACCAAGAAUCGUAUAUAUCUGAGUGAACAACAACUGGCCCUGGAAUCCAGAGAUAUUUACCUCAACCCCGCCAAUGCGGGCUUUGUCAAAAACUACAUCAACAGUAUUGCCAACAAGCUGUACAUCUUCCUGGGCCUCGAUGUCAAUGUGGGUCGUCAGGUUGCCACCGAAAUGGUCCAGCUGGAAACUAACCUCGCCAGGGGCAUGGCUGACUCCAAGAAAAUCAACAAACUGGCCGAUCUCUACACCCUCAACACCAUGGAUGAGAUCCAACAAAUAACCUAUCCCUAUUUGAAUAUCAAUAAAUUGGUAGAAGAAUCACUGGGAACCCUGCCCGAUUUCAAGGUAUAUUGGAGUCCAGACUACAUUAAGAACAUGAUUAGAACUCUGCAGCAGACACCCAAACGUGUGGUGGCCAACUACGUAUUCUACCAUCUAAUUGAGAAAUUUAUGCUGGUCAUUCCCCAAACCCAACCCCAGCUACAGGACAUGUGUCUAAGGCAAAUGAAAACCUAUUUUUCCAAGAAUUUUGACAACAUGCUUUAUCGCAAAUACAACAUGGAUGACACGGAACGGGGGGUGAAUGCCAUGUGGCAGGACAUAAAGGCCACCUUCAUAGAGGCCCUGAAAUCGCCUCACCAAUAUGCCUGGAUUCGGGCCGACACCCGCAGUUAUGCUGUGGAAAAAAUCAAGGCCAUGAAAAUGGAAAUUGUCUCGUAUAAAAAUUAUGAUUUUGAAACGGUCUUCAGGCCCUUCCAGGUGAACGCCCAUGAUUUUGUGGAAAAUCUUCAAUCGCUGUUUGCCUUGGGAACGCAACAGAAACGUAAUGCAAUAUACCUGCCACCCCAGCCCUUGGAUCUGAGUGAACGCAUUGCCACCACUCCGGUUAAUGUACUCAUCGAAAAUGCCGUCAAGGUUCCAGUUUCCAUACUCCAACCCAACUAUGCCUGGUCGGCCUCCUUUGCCAAUGCCUUUAACUUUGGCAUACUGGGAGCUCUCCUGUCGCACGAACUCAUGCAUGGUCUCGAUGUCCAUGGCCGGCAUCAUGAUGCCCAGGGCAACAGCCUGGAAUGGUGGGAUCCAGAAUCCAGCCGUGAUUUCAAUGCCCGCUCCCAAUGUUUCAAUGCCCAAUAUCAGCGAUACAUUUUCCAUGGUCAACAUUUACCCGAUAUGCCGGCUCAGGGUGAGAACAUUGCCGAUAAUGGUGGUGUCCGUUUGGCCUUCGCUGCCUAUGUUAAAUGGCUGGAAAAAGCUUUGGCCACCAACCCCCGUGGUGUCAACGAAUCAAUGCCUCCCGUCAACUAUUCAGAUCGUAAGCUGUUCUUCAUCAGUUAUGCCCAGCUGUGGUGUAACGAUAUCACGCCAGCAUUCCGUAAAUAUUUAGCAUCAGUGGAUAAUCAUGUACCAGAUAGGUUCAGAGUCAUAGGACCACUGUCGAAUUUUGAUGGGUUUGCCGAGGAAUUCCAAUGUCCCAAGGGCAGUGGCAUGAAUCCAGUGCAGAAGUGUGAGAUUUAUUGAGAUGACAGGUUAUGUAAUGGAAGAAGAGAUGGCAAAUUAAAAAAGUUUGUUUUGAGGCCAAUGUUGAUUUUGUUAUGUAGACAAUAGUUACGUUAGUUCCGAAUUAUAUUUAAGAUUUACAAUUUGUUU